CCAGCUCUGUGUCCUUAAUGAGUGACCAGUCUAAAGAUGAAACCAUUGAAUUUAAACACCAGCAGGUGUCUGCUGCAGAGAGGAGACCACUGGCUAAAAGGACAUACACAAAAAAACGAGGAACUAAAUGUAAACAUGAGCCUGAACUCAGCUGUAUGUCCUUAAGGAGUAAACAGUCAAAAAGUGACCCCAUUGAAUUUCAACAGCCGCCUGCUGCAGAGAGGAGACCAUUGACUCAAACAACAUGCAGGAGAAAACGAGGAACUAAACGUAUAAAUAAACCUGGACCCAGCUGUAUGUCCUUAAGGAGUAAACAGUCAAAACAUGACCCCAUUGAAUUUAAACAUCAUGGGUCUGCAGCAUACAGAGUGGAUCAGGAGAGCUCAGAGGUUCCGAGGGGUCACUCUGCCCAGCAGCAUCAAACACAGCUGGACUCCAUAUUUAUGCUGCUGGAGGACAACAUCAUCAGCUUUGUGAAGAAAGAGCUGAAGAAGAUCCAGAAGAGUGCUGUGGACAAGGCCUUACAGAGUCCAAACGGACACCUGGACCUGUUCCUCCGCUUCCUCCUGGGUCUUUCACUGCAGACCAGUCAGAGUCUCCUACAAGGUUUGCAGACACAGACACGUACAGAAGGUAGUUCACUGACCAUUCAGGAAACCAUCCAGUACAUCAAGAAGAAGCUCAAGACAAACUGUGAAGCUCUGUCCUCAGUCCUCAGCUCCCAGACCUCCAGUCUCAGAGAGCUGGGCCUGAGUAACAGCAAGGAUUCAGGAGUGGAGCCUCUGUCUGAUGGACUGAAGAGUCCACAGUGUAAAACUCUCAGAGUGAUGGGCUGUAACCUCUCAGAAAGAAGCUGUGAAGCUUUGUCCUUGGUUCUUAAAUCUCAGUCCUCUAGUUUAGGAGAGCUGGACCUGAGUAACUCCAACCUGCCGGAUUCAGGAACUGAGUCACUGUAG